AUGAUAGGCACAUCAAUACCGCAGUACAUCUUCAUCCGCAUAUGUAUCUUUGCGUUGCGCUUGAUCACGCCUCUGAGUAUCUUUUAUGUAUCGUUCAGUCUUGCCGAAUAUCCGACAUCUGCCGGAGAGAGGUUUCUUCUUACAUGGAGCAUCAUCGAGGCAGCUUUCUACCUGUUCGUCUACAUACCCCGCAAGCGAGCGCUCCAAGCAUCGGCGCAGCAUCCACCGCUACUCGAGAAAGAAGAGAGGAAGGCCUUGUUCUGGAAGUGCUGGGACAAGAUCCCGCAUCCCGAAUAUUACAUCAGCAGAUGGUUCUUGGGCGCAAGGCCGGGCGAGGUACGAAGGGAUAAUGUGAAGGAGUUCUACGAGUGGGCGCUUAUGAACAGGGGGACUGAGAGCGAGGAUGAGUUGGUGCGAAGAGCGCAGGAAGACCCAGAGGCGAAGAUUGAGGAGGAAGAGGAGUUGAAGGAGUAUGUGGAUGGUGUCGAGACUAUGCUGGGCAGGCCGAUACCGCCGGGUCGCGGGCCUGCAAAGAGCCUGCGACUGACCAUUGAUGAAGUCAAUAUGCGCCACAGGCCGGUAGUGUGGUACUUGAUUGUUAUGUUCGUCGACACAUUCACAGCAGUGUAUCUACGAUACAACGGCUUUCUACUGCACCGCACUCAUCUUCGCUCCGCACUCGCCAUAUUCCCUCCCCGCCCCGCAUCGCUCUUCACGCGACAGAUCUCCAGCGCUCCUGAUCUCAGCUACUGGUACCGACCGCACACCUCCAAGACACGCCUCCCCAUCCUCUUCAUACACGGCAUCGGCAUCGGCCUCAUGCCCUACAGCCAGUGGCUCAUCGGGAUAAACAAGCAAGACCCACUAACAGCCACCGAUGGCGAAAUCGGCAUCAUCGCCAUCGAGCUGAUGCCCAUCAGCUUCCGCAUCACCGGCGUGAUCAAAAGCCCUGACGACAUCUGCCGCCAGGUCAACAUGAUCCUGGAGCGCCAUGGAUUCGACAAAGUGGUUUUGGCCAGCCACUCAUACGGCUCAGUCGUGAGCACCCAUCUCCUGAAGGAUCCUGCAACAGCCGCCAAGAUCGGUCCGGUACUGUUUGUUGAUCCUGUAACGUUUCUUCUGCACCUCCCAGAUGUCGCAUACAAUUUCACCGCGCGACGACCACGGUACGCAAACGAGCAUCAACUUUGGUACUUCGCGUCGACGGAUAUGAUGGUUGCGCAUACACUUGCGCGGAAUUUCUUCUGGAGCCAGAAUAUCCUUUGGAAAGACGAUCUUCGCGGUCACGAUGUGACUGUCAGCUUAGGUGGCAGUGAUUUGAUCGUCGACUCGACAGCUGUUGGGAAGUACAUUGCUGGCGCGGAUCUAAAGAGCGAGGACCGGGCGUGGAAGGACUUAGAAUGGAAAGGCGAGGGGAUAGAAAUCAUUUGGUGGCCCACAGCAGACCACGCGCAAGUCUUUGAGCGAAAAGAAGGGCGGAUGAAGCUGGCGCACGUUUUGCGCGAGUACGCCAAGCGCAAGGAACAAGCAGAGGACGACUGGUUCUGA